AUGUCCACUUCCAAGACCUCGGAGACACACUCAAAAGGACUUGAGCCAGGCUAUGCUCAGCCGGGCUUCUGCAUCCUCCAGAGGAACACUGCCCCGCCGCAGCCCGGGGAGAGGCGGGGCCGUCGGAAGCAGGCCGAGCCAGGGCGGUUCCUCGGGGUGAGGCGGCGGCCAUGGGGACGGUACGCGGCUGAGAUCCGGGACCCCGCCACCAAGGAGAGGCACUGGCUUGGCACCUUUGACACUGCCCAAGAGGCUGCCCUGGCCUAUGACAGGGCUGCUCUCUCCAUGAAAGGCACACAAGCAAGGACCAACUUCUUGUACUCUGAUCACUAUAACCAAAUCCAAAACCCUAAUAGCUUUCACUCUCUUCUUAGCCCCUUUGAGGUCCAAGCACUUCUAACACCUUCCUCACACUUCUUCACCACCGCCGCCGCCGCCAAUAGUAGUCAAGCAAAGAACCGACCCACCAAUCACAGCAAUCCACCUCAGCCCACCAGCACUUACAAGACAACCAUGAUGCCAGACCAAUCCUAUGAGGAAACUUGUCCUGAGACUAACUCAUGUGAUGACUCUGACGCAAAUCAAGAUAGCAACUAUAACGACUUCUUCCUCUUUGGUGAUGAUGAUUAUUCAAACUCCGGCUACUUGAACUGCAUUGUACCUGACAACUGCUUGAGACCUCCUACUAGUGCUCACGAUCCUCCCAAUGCAAAGCCUAAUAUUCUUAGAAGCUACUCUAGCGCUUCAAAUUUCAUGGGAUAUUUUGAGGAUAACGAUUUUUCACUUCCACGAGAUGUGAUCCCUAACUCAGGAGGUGAUAUAUUUGGUGCCAGUGAGCUUUGGAGUAGUGAUCAGAUGACCUGGGGGAUGGACUCGGGCGAGCUUGCCGCCGUGAUCAGUGGCCCAGCGAUGUCAGGGAAGACUGAAGAGGGGUGCAUGGGAAGUUUGCACACCGCGGCCGAGAAUAGCAGUUAUAGCUUCUUGCCUCAAGCUGCUCCUAAUUAUUAUGGGGAAGCAUCAGUCGAAUAUGGAGGAUACUCUCUCUAUUGA